AUUUAAAAAUUCAGCGACUUCUGCUCUCUCGUCCCCUCGCUUAAGUUUUUUCGGAAACAUGGCGCCAUCUGACUGAAAUUUGUUUUGGUUGAAAAAACCCUAAUUUUGGGAUUUCGGCAAAAAUCGGUGAAGAAAAUUCAGAGUAGAUGGUGUCAAUUGCACCCAAGUCAGCGAAAGUACUUAGCUUUAAUCCAUUGUCCACCAGACGCCUCACAUCUCUCCUGUCGUCUAGACUUCAGACAUCUUUUGCUUGGAGAAGAACGCUGUGCUCGGAUGCGUUGCCAACAGUUGAAGAUUCGGAAUUUGCAUAUGAUGAUCAUAUCCAGGAUGAUUCGAAGGUGUCUGAGAAAGAUGCAGCCUUGCGCAUGGCUCUGUCGAAGCUCUCGGGGGAAUUUGGUAAAGAAUCGAUGCUUUCAUUGCAGCGUUUCUUUGGUGCCAGACGUGCCUCAGUGAUAUCUACUGGUUCAUUGAGGCUGGAUCAGGCUCUCGGUGUAGGAGGGCUGCCGAAGGGUAGGAUGGUCGAGAUUUAUGGGCAAGAAGCAUCAGGGAAGACAACACUUGCACUGCAUGUUAUUAAGGAGGCUCAAAAGCUUGGAGGUUACUGUGCUUAUCUUGAUGUGGAGAACGCGAUGUGCCCUUCACUUGCAGAAUCGAUAGGUGUAAAUAAAGACAGUCUCCUUAUUUCACAGCCAGAUUCUGCUGAAAAUUUGCUAAGUGUGGUGGAUACACUGACUAAGAGUGGAUCUGUUUCUGUAAUUAUUGUUGACAGUGUAGCUGCUCUUGUUCCUCAACAUGAAGUUGAUGGAGUAGAAUGUGGUCCCUAUAGAGAUCUACAAGCGAAAAUUAUGACACAAGCAUUACGGAAAAUUCAUUAUUCUCAGUGCAAUUCCGAUACUCUUAUUAUUUUCAUCAACCAGGUAAGAAAAAAAUUGAAAUUAGUGGAAGGCUCCAUUCAUGCAGAGGAAGUGACAUGUGGUGGAAAUGCCUUGAAAUUUUAUGCUGCCAUGAGGUUGAAAAUUAGCAGAAAGGGAUUGCUGAUGAAAAAUGAUAAGGCUACUGGACUUGGAAUAUGUGUGCAAGUCGUGAAAAACAAGCUAGCCCCUUCAAAUACAAAAGCUGAAUUGAGUAUAAACUUUGGGAAAGGAAUCUGCCGCGUAUCAGAAGCCUUGGAUUUAGCUUGUGAGCAUGGUGUCAUUGUGAAAGAUAGAGGCCUAUACUUCGUAGGAGGAAAAAUCCUGCUAAGCAAAGAGGAAGCUUUGAGAUACCUGGCAUCAAAUGGGGAUGCUUUGGAUGAUAUGAUCAAAACCUUAAGGUGCCAUUUGUUUGACAGAGGAUACCAUUGAUUCGAUAAAUCUCUUGUGAAAUGCAAAUAAUUCGUUACUGCUUCUGUAAAUAUACUCUUGACACGACUCCACAUUCGGAUAUUUUUUCUGUUGAUUGCCUAAUGAGGCAGCUUA